UGCGCUGUGUUUGGCGGCACUUAUUGUCUGAAAAAGAAAUGCCAAUCACUUAUUGUCGACCAAAACAACAAAUGCAAUGCUGUGGUGAUCGACGGCCGACGGUUUAACUGUGAUUUCGUGGUCACCGACUAUUCACUCACCGGUUGUGACGAUAAGAGUGGCGGCGAAGCGAACGCUAAAUACAUUUCGCGAGCGAUUCUAAUCAGCGAUCAGUCGAUCAAAAAGGCCGACUCCGAGCACUUGUCACUCCUUCACAUCCCGGCCUCCGAUCAAAACAAGUCGUCAGUGUUUGUGAUAGAAGUUGGUUCGUCGUGUUUGGUCGCUCCCAAAGGCCUUUUUGUUCAGUACUUGUGGUGCGAUUCGUUUGGCGAUAACGCGAAACACGAUUUGAUGCCAAUCGUGAAGAAGUUGUAUAACUUUACGCCCGAAAGUGAUUGCGAAAAACCCAAAGCCCUGUGGAGUGUGUAUUUCAAUCAGAUGUGCUCUAAACCCGAUGUCCAGAAUUUGCCCCAAAAUGUUUACAUAACUACUCCUCCCGUCAAUGAACUCGACUUUGAUUUCGCUAUAAAUGAGGUUUUGCCCGAACGAUAUUCACAUCGAUGUUCCCAAACGAGGAAUUCCUACCGCGAGCUCCCGAUCCAAAUGAGUUUGCCACUCGAAGAAAACCUCGAGUUAUUAGCUCUUCGGGAGUGGAAUGUCUCACACAUUGCCCGACAAUACAAACUCAUGGAUCUGAUGGAGUUCUUCCUCUGCAGCGGCACUCAAGUGUUCAGUGCGGGUGAUCUGUGCACGCGUUGCGGUGCUAUCGUUGGUCUUCCGCACAACUUCUCCUACAAUACCAUCGAUGACGUGAAGGUGAAUGAGAUCUCCAUUUUGGGCGUCAAUGCGGCGGAACUACAGGCGGACGAAGAGUCGGCGCAAGACUUUAAAGAACUCAUUGAAUCGCUUGUGUUGAGCGAAAACGCCAAGAAGUUUGCCAUCACUCGAGAGCUGCACAUGACGUCCAACGACCGGGUGUUGAACGGCAUCUUCAUUGCAGUCGUCUCUCUAUUCUUUGGCGUCGGAAUCGGACAACAGAUUAUACUCUCGAGGAAUAUAAGGCGCAGAUAUUUGCUGAGUGUUUGCAUUCGGUUGGUGUCGGCGGCCAUCGGUUUGGCAAUGUUUUUGGUGAUCCGGGAAAUGCUUUACUACGGAUGGGACAAAGCGGCCGACGAGGCGGCCAUCAAACAGGGAUACGCCUACUUCGAGGGCGCUGUCGAGUACUACCAGAAGUUGAUCCAAAGACAGGAAGCGUUGGAUAAUUUAAUGGCCAAAAAUAAGCUCAAAGGCGAGUCAUUAAAAGAUACGCUCUUGACUUUGUUUGACGUGAAGGGAGUGUCUAAUAGUAAACGUCUGGAAAGAGUUCUCGAAUUGGAUCCGACGGACAGCGAAGAAACGCCGACUUAAUAUCACUUUUAAUUAUGAUUAUUUAAAUUUAAAAUAAUUUAUGUAAA